AUGCGGAAUAGCACUAUGUGGAAGACCAGCAUAUGGGAGAUCAUGCAGAAAACCACCAUAUGGAGAUCAUGCAAAAGACCACUAUGGAGAAAACCCCUAUAUGAGAGACCGCCAUAUGGGAGACCAUGUAGAAAACCACCAUAUGAGAGACCAUGGGAAGACCACCAUGGGGAAGACCCUCAUGUGAGAGACCAUGAGGAAGACCCCCAUAUGGGAGACCAUGUGGAACACCUCCAUGCGGAAGAUUGCCAUGUAGAAGACCAUGCGGAAAACCCCCAUGUGGGAGACCAUGCGGAAGACCUCCACGUGGAAGACCACCACAUGGGAGAUCAUGCAGAAGACCACCAUGCGGAAGACCCCCAUGUGGGAGACCAUGCAGAAGACCUCCACGCGGAAAACCACCAUAUGGGAAACCAUGUAGAAGAUCUCCAUGGAGGAGAUCAUAUAGAAGACCACCAUGUGGAAGACCCCCAUGUGGGAGACCAUGCGAAAGACCUCCAUGUGGAAGACCCCCAUGCGGGAGACCAUGCGGAAGACCACCAUGUGGAAGACCCCCAUGUGGGAGACCAUGCGAAAGACCUCAAUGUGGAAGACCCCCAUGCGGGAGACCAUGCGGAAGACCACCAUGUGGAAGACCCCCAUGUGGGAGACCAUGCAAAAGACCACCAUGUGGAAGACCAUGCGGAAGACCAUGCAGAAGACUAA